UUGUUCUCCCCUGGGCAGGUGGACGAGGCCGUCUCCCGCUGCAAGGAGACCGUGACCAGCCUGGCCUUCAGCUUGGCCUUCCUGCAGCGCAUGGACAUGAAGCCCCUGCUGGUGCUGGGGCUGCCGUCCCGGAGCUCCCUGAGCGACACCCUCACCUUCCGGGAUACCAAGGCGCUGCUGACCCAGAACUGCAAGGCCCUGACGGACGCCCUGCGCCAGAACUCCGCUGCCACCAUGCCCUUCUUCGGGGCCGGCGCCGUGCUAGGAGCGGAGCAGUCGCCCGCCAACUCCAGCGGGAUCUCCGUGGACAGUGACCUGCUGCAGUGGUGCCUGGAGUCCGGGAACAUCCCCAUCAUCUGCCCCGUCGGGGAGACCCGCGGCCGCCAGUCCCUGCUGCUGGACUCCGUCGAGGUCACCGCCGCCAUUUCCAGGACGCUGCUGCCCACCAAGAUCAUCUUCCUGAACAUGACGGGGGGGAUCAGGAACUCCGGGCAGAAGGUGCUGGGGAACGUGAACCUGCCCGCCGACCUGGACCUAGUGACCAAAGCCCAGUGGAUGGGCCACAAGGAGCAGCAGCAGGUCAGGCUGAUCAUCGACCUGCUGAGCCGCUUGCCCUACGAGGCCUCCGCCGUCAUCGCCUCUGCCGGCACGCUGCUCGCCGAGAUCUUCAGCAACAAAGGCUCGGGGACCCUGUUCAGGAACGCUGAGCGUAUGCUGCGGGCCGAGAGGCUGGAGGAGCUGGACCAGCAGCGCCUGGUCUCCUUGAUCAACACGUCCUUCGGGAAGACCCUCCGAGGGGACUAUCUGGCUUCCAUACGGCCCAGGCUGCACUCCAUCUACUUCUCAGAGGGCUACAACGCAGCAGCCAUCAUCACGAAGGAGCCGGUCCUGGGCGGCAUGCCGUACUUGGACAAGUUUGUGGUCAGCUCCACCAAGAAAAGCCAAGGCUCCGGCCAGAUGCUGUGGGAGUGCAUACGGCAGGACCUCAGGACCCUCUUCUGGAGGUCUCGCGUCACCAACCCCAUUAACCCCUGGUAUUUCAAGCACAGUGAUGGAAGCUUCACCAACCACCAAUGGAUCUUCUUCUGGUUUGGCCUGUCCGACAUCCGGGAUUCCUACGAGCUGGUGAACCACGCAAUAUCCAUUCCAGACUCGUUCUGCAAACCAUAGGGCGAUCUUUCUAGGGCAGAGUGAGAGCGGAGCAGGUUGGGCUUGGGAGGAUCAGGCCUUCGUACAUCAAGACCGGAUAAGAAGAACCAGAGCUCAGAACGGCCAGCCAUGCACAGAGCUCCAGGGGUGUUUCCUGCACCCAGAGGAAUGAUUGGCACAAAGAACCCUCUUCGCCAAUUCAGCACCCCGCUUUUCCCUAAAAAAGUGCUAGCAAAGCCUGUGUUGUGCGGACUGUUGUCAAGAGAAGUUAGAGCGAGGAGGUCGGGACUCUUGGGUUCAAGUCUCAUCUCUGCCACUGACUCACCGUGGGACCUCGGCAAAGUCACUUCCCCCCUCUGUGCCUCACUUUCCCGACCUAUAAAAUGGGACCGCUAUUAACGAACGUGUAAAAAGAGCAGCGACAUCUUUCCUUACAAUCCUGUGGAACAGCAAGUAGGAGUCACACACACACAAAGCUUAUAUUUAUAGGAGCCGGCAGCCUGGCUGUGGAGUUCCACAUACAACGUGUACAGCAGAAACCAGACAAGAGUAGCUGGAAAGCGUCGACUUUUAAUGUGAUUUUGGCUUCUUUUUCAAGGUGUCUCGCCUUUCUUUAGCUAUCCCAACAGUGCGAUGUUAGGGUCUUACUGCUUUCUCCGUAACCAGUGCAUAACCAGAACUGAUUGACAAAUGUCAGCUGGGAACUUCAGAGCGGCCAAAGGGCCGCAGACACCAAACCACCAGUGAAAUUCCAGCUAGUGCCUUUGAAAACCCCCACACGUAAACGGGGUAAAAUUGUCAGAAGGGACGAAGUCCCACAUUUGUAAAAGUCUUUAGGCAUUGAUGCACUCGGCAUUGCAACACCUAACUGAUUUAGGAACCUAAACCUCAUUUUAAGAGGUUAAAUCCUACUGACUCUCAAUGGGAUUUUGGCACCUAAAUCCCUUUUGAAAAUGAUGUCGGUUCCUAAAUCAAUUAGGUUUCACUGAGCACGGCAAUGCCUAAAUACUUUUCCAAAUCUGGGCCUACGUGACUUAGCAGCCUAUGGCCCAUUUAAAAAAAGUGACUUAGAAAUCUACGUCUUAUUGGCAGUGGGACUUAGGCGCCCGAGCAACUUUUGAAAAUGACAGGUUCCUAAGUCCCCUGGGCACUUUUGAACAUUUCACCCUGAUCACAAACCUACUCGUCGUCCAUCACCAGCAUCCCUGGCAGUGAAACA